AUGGUGUCCGCCGCGCUCCCUUCAGGAUCUCCUGCGGUCGCUUCUCCUGCUUCCGUUAGACGACGUGUACCCCUGACGAUUUUACGACCUUUUCCCAAGUCCUUUACCACAAUGCGACAAGCCACCAGCGAAGGCGUUGCAAGGGAAAACGCUCGAUGUUGCUCGGACUCGGCAACCAGACAUGAACAUUCUGAUACGGUGUAUGCACUAGAAUCAACAUGA